AUGACAUCUUCCUUUCCGAUACGCUUGUUUGUGAUUUGUGUGGUGUGCGGGACGGUAUUUGCGUUACCAUGUUUAACAAACAAAUCCAAGCAAGAUUUUAACAAAGCCAGAAAUGCAUUGAAAAGUCUUGAAAAUUUCCUGAAAAAUCAAGCUAUUUCUAUCAACUCCAAGGUACAGGCUUUAGACAAGGACAUGACAUUGAUGGAAGAAGACUUUAAACGGAGACAAUGGAUAAAGUACAACAAGCACUGUUAUUACUUUGGGGAUGACAGUGUUAUUUGGACUGAUGCUGAGAGAAGAUGUCGAGAGAUUGGUGGAUAUUUAGUGAAGAUUGAAGAUUACUCUGAAAAUAGUUGGAUAACACAGGAAAUAACUAAAAGUAGCAAAAAAACUUACUACUGGCUGGGGUCUACGGAUGCUGUCAAUGGUGAUUGGAGAUGGAUAUAUGAUCAAACACAGAUGAGCUACAAGAACUUUAUCUCAGGAAGACCUUAUCCAACCAGUAGUUCAGCUUCCUAUACAUAUAACUGUAUUCUGCUGCACUACGGCAAUGGUAACUGGUAUGACAACCCAUGUAGCAAAAGCUAUCCCUAUGUCUGCGAAAGUAAUUUCUGUAAGUUCUACACAGCUAGUUAUAACUAA